AUGUCAUCUACGAGGUUAACAUCAGAAGAGGCAGCAGCUACAGGCAAGAUAUUUACUGUAUUAACAUCUUCACAGUACCUUCCAUAUUUCUAACUUAUUUCCUUUUGGAUUGGAAAAAAAUAGAAAAAUGGGUAGGGGAGGAUGGGUUAAGUUGAGCCACCCCCUGUUGCUUGGAAAUGGUAAAAGAAAUUGAUCAUGUGACCAAAUAUUUAGGAGAUGGUCAUCAAUUCGUGGAGUCUGUAAAGGUUAGAAGCUAAUGGGUGAAGGGGUUAGACAUUUAUUUAAAAAAAAAAAAAAAAAUUCACUCUUGAAAGUGAAUUUAGUCUGUCAUCAGUUUUAUUAGAAUUAUGUUCAGACCAAAAAAGAUCAUUUAAAAUUUUUUUAUACAUCAAUUGUGGUAUCUAUGAGCUACAUGAGGUCAGAAACCUAGCAUAAAAGUCCACCAUUUUAGUUUAGAGGACUAAUAAAGUCAUCAUAGGCUGUGUCCGAAAUGGAUCCCUACCAUACUUACAUCAGCCAAACAUAAUUUUUCAAAGUAACAGACCUAAAGAUGCUUUUAAUACAUAUUUAUACAGUAAAUGUUAUAAAUGUGUGAUGGUUAUAUCAUAAUGUGUGUAACGUAUUGUCAUCAGUGAAGAGGAAGUUAUCGGAGGUGACUAUUUCAAUCAAGAACUGGAGGUAAUUAUGACUGCUUAUCACCAUGCAUAAUUGCUGAGAUAAAUCUUUUCAUUCACACUGUUCGGUAUGAAAUUAAAAUUCUGCCUGAUUAAAUGUGACAUGGUUCAUGUUUAUCUCUUUUCUCCUUUUUUUUCUCAGGCAAUUGUCAGGACUGUUCUUGGCAACCUUGACAGUCUUCAACCUUUCUCCAGUUCCCACUUCAACGUUUUCCCAUGUAUCCUUCAGAGUCUUUUGUCAGUUUGUUUAUUCAAUCAGGUUUACUUAAUUGUACGUCUGGUUUUUACCUCAUCUACCAAUUCAUUCCUGUGUUGACACGUUACAUUUCUCUACCCUUUUUGCCUCUUUGUUACUUUAAUACAUGGGCAUGAGCUCAUGAAGAGACGUAUCAUCAGAUCUCAUUCAACUAGAUAUUAGAUUUGUUUGUAUCUUUCUCAAAGGACGACUAUUCAUGCUAAAAAGGUAAAAGGCAAAGUUUAAACCUAUUUUAGUUGAUGAUACUCUUGCCGCUACACGCGUUUUCUUGAACAUACAGCUAUUGACCAUCUGUUUGUUCUUCAUCAUGAUAAGAAUGCUGAUUCAUGUGAAGUUUGCUGUUUUUAUUAACUGUAACUAUCAGACAUAAACCCGUGUAAGGAAGUGUCGCAGGUCAUUUGCACUCAAUGUGACGAUAAUCUCAGAGCUUACCCGUAUGUUAUCGUCCUCUACCUCGAGAAGAAUAUGGAGAAAGGUGAAGACGAUAAGACAUCACGAAAACGUAUCAUUGUUGAACAGUGACACACACUUCACAGUUAUAGAUCAUGUCGAUGGCUACUUGUGUAACUGUAACACGUGUUUUUUUGUUUCAGAAAGGCCAGCAAAGGAAGAGUUGAGCUCAGUGAGUUUUUAUAUCACAGUUUAGAGAUGAAACAAAAAGUCCUCCUCACUUUUAGAAGUCUUUUUAGGCUCCCAUAGAUAUCAUUUGAUUUGUAGAAAUAUUAAUGAUAUUUAAGGUUUUUAUUUUACAUGUGUUUUUUCUUUCUUUAUUGAUAUUUUAGAUAUUUUUCAUUGAUUUUUCAAACAUCCUUGAGAUUAAUACUACAAAUCUCCUCAUUGAAUUUACUUUUGGGGAUCCAUAAUGUUCUUAUUUUACAAAUAAACACCCUGGAUGUGAUCAAGGACUGAAGCCAGAAGUAGAAUCACAACUGUGUUAAUUGUGUUAAGGUAAACAAAGUUUGAAAGGACAAUACUGUGUGUUCUCUAGGAAAUAGAAACUGUUUCUGAGCCCCAGUCAAAGCGCCGUCGGACAGAUAAACCACGAGAGAGGUCCAUACUAAAAGACGCAAUCAAUGAGUUUUUGGACGAAAGUGCAACCUCUGAGACUGAGUAAGUAAUCUUUUUUCUGCUGCAGAGCAAACCUUCUUUUAGUUUUUUUAACUUGUCACAUCUAAGUAGAUGAAAUCUAGUUUGGUAAACCUCUGUAACCCAGUCUAUUUUCUUAAAGGCUGCCCUUUGAAGUACAGCAUCUUAAAUAACUGAGUUUGUUUUCAAGUGAUUUUCAAAGCACAACUUUUUCUUAGUAGUUUGCUUGAAUUUCAAAUCAUUUAAACCUUUCGUCUGCAAAGGUCUAGUGCAAUAUUACAAUGUGUGCUAUUUGCGAAAUGUAUCCAGUCCUGCACAAAGAAGUUAUUCAUUUAGCAAGUAGCCACUGGACACAGGCUGUAAACCAGUGAUCAAAGCUGUAAAUGACUAAAGAUGGAUGUGUAUUGCUUCUAAACUUUAAAAAAAUGAUGCAGUAGGAUUAAACUUGUAGUUUGUUGUUUGGUUGUGCAGGAAAAUACAUUUGCCAUUUUUCUUUACAUAUAUUAAGUCUGUGGUUUAAAGCUCCUGUGAGGAGUUUUUGAUGUUUUUUUUUUUUUUUAAUCUGGUAAAUUUUAAUGCCUUAAACUGACAUGAUGGGGUAGGUGUCAGCUUAACAGCUGAAGAAACAGCCCCCUUUAUGCACUUUAAACAUAAAAUAAUCACAACAUUUGAUUGUCAAAAGUCAGCAGGAUGAGAUUUUCUAUCAGAAGAUACGACUUGAUACAAAACAUAAGACUGCAUUGUCUACAGAAGGUGCUAAAACUGACUCACUCAAAGUUCCUCUCAGGAGCUUUAAUGUUGCAUGCGGUAUAUACCAAGAUAGAAGAUAUCACGCUCUUGAGAGCUACGUCUCCAAGCUAAGCCCUUUUCCAAAUCUGUAAUGUACUGAUGAUUUUGAUUUUGAUUAAAUUAGGCAUGUGUGAGUUGUUCCUUCUUGCAAAGAUGCUGGUUUGUAUAAUGUGCAGCUGAAGAUGAUGGGAACAAUAGCUUGUUCUUGCAAGCACUGUGCAUGCCUUCACAUACGCCUGUGCAUCCAUAAACUUACAUGUUCUCAUUCAUUUAGUCAUAGACCAACCAUUCUUAAAAUUGGCCUCUUCACACACACACAGAUUUUGAUGCUUCAGGGAUUCUUGUGGUUAUGAAACAGGCGAGAGGCGAACGGGCGCCACCUCAAUCACACUGACAGUCAGAUCACUGGGGCUGAAAUGAUUAUUUAAACUGCACACACGAAUACACACACACCUCCACACACACAAACAAGGUCUUGUCCUGUACUUGUUUGUUAAUUUCAUGCACAAUAGUCGUCUUUUUUGAACUUCAGAAACACACUGAGAUGCACCAACUGUGAAAACAUCCUACUAACAACAAGGCCUCAAGCACCAUUACCUGUUCACAGGAAAUCAAGUGCCAGUGAGCAAUUCUCAUUCAAUUACAUUCACUACAUUGAUCAUCACACUUUGCAUGUCAUAACAAAGAUGCUCCGCAAGAAUACACUCGCACAUACUGACAGGAUCAGCUAUCGUCAGAGGCUUUUUAAGAACUGCUUAUUCACCGAUAGCAUGUCUAUUUGUGCGAUAUUACUGUGAUUUUCUCCAGGUCAGUGACUGAGCCGUUUCGUUGGAUGUGGAGGUUUGUUCUGGGGCUCAUUUCAAAUCAUUGUUUUACAAAUCCCUUUUCGAUUUGAUCCAGCUGUACUCCAGAUAGGGCUGGGCGAUAAAACGAUAACGAUGUAUAACAAAAAUUAAUUUCCCUCAAUAUCAAUAUAAAACAUGGUCAAUAUGCUUUUGGAUAGUCAGCAUUCUGCCAUGUUUUGGUAGACUAUACGAAUAGCCAAUGAAAAGGGGAGUUGCAACCAUAGCACUUUAAAGCGUGAAGCCGACAGCACUGUCAGUGAGAAAAAAAGAAAGUGAGUGCUACCCCUGACAAAAAUGCAGAUAAAGGCUCAACAGAUGAUGACAUCUUUGACAUGAAAACGUCACUGGUGUGGAGGUAUUUUGGUUUUUUGAGGUCAAACAUGAAACAGAGUAAUGUGCACUGCAAAUCAUGUCAAAUACGUGUUCUCGCAAAAUCAGGGAAUACCUCAAAUCUUUUUCACUACCUGCGCAGUGCCACGCGGCAGAGCACGCGCAAUGCAAAAGGUUACAAACCCCAAGCGGAGCAAGGAGCCCAUGGCGCCUGUGCAGCCAAAACAGCCGAUCAUUCAGCCGACUUUCUCUAGCGCAAUGCCUUACGACAAAACGUCCAAGAGACACAAAGACAUGCUACCAAUAAGCACUCUCAAAUUUCGUUUUCAUAUCGCGAUAUAUAUCUGUAUCGAUAUAUCUCAAAAAUAUCAUGACCAACUUUUCCCCUUAUCGCCCAGCCCUAACUUCAGAUAAUACAGAUGUGAUUCAGUGUCUAUACCGUCACCAGUGUGGGCUUCUUUUUUUGUGUGUGAUUUAAAAAGCCAAUCUUGUCUCUUUGGGCUCAAAAGAAAAGUAAUGCAGCCACACAGGGAUAAACUUGUCUGUGCCCAACUUCAGCGAGCAGCAUGUGGACAAUUUCUGCAUGGAAGGAGAGGCCAAAAAAGAUCCAGGACAAGUUGACAAGGUAUAUUCAUUCAGUGAGGUCAUUUACUCAUCAAAUUUAACUGGUUGGCUGAUAUGUCACUGUCUGACAUCUCUGAGUGAAGGAGUUAGUCAGCUUAGCCCACAGUAGUUUAGAUUGAACUGAAUCCAACAUUGUCUUCCAGUAUCAAUCUCAUAACACACUUUCGUUUCCUCUCUGCCACCUAUAUAAACACACACUUGGAGCAUCUCUGUUUUUAUUGUAGCCUCAGGAUAGCAUUUGCGCAGACAGGUAGGAUAACAAGUGUUAUUAAGGAUAGUAAUAGCAUUACAUCAGAUUGAGAGUACAUGUUCCUGUGUGUUCCUGGUGAUGUGCUUUAGUCCUAAAAUUACCCGCCCAUCACUCUGUUUUAAUCAGCGGCACUUCAUCUCAUCUGAUCCUGUGAGUUUUGAAAGUUGUCCACUCUGACAGUGAUUUUUCUACCUCAUUCAUCGCUCGGCUUUCAUGUUUCCACUUAAAUUAUUUUUAGCUGGAAAAAUGAUUUAAACUCAUCAUGUCAGCCUUUUGAGUUAUUUAUCUUUGACAAAAACAUGCCGGUACAAGUCUCCCAGCUGUAAAAAGGACGGAGAUUGAACACUGUCUGCAGAGCAUUAUUCUGCAUAAAUGUUGUUUUUUCACGCAUACAAUAAGUCUGUUAAAAACAAAGAUCUUAAUAAAUAAAGCGUUAUCAAGUUUGAGCUCACUGUCAGAGUGGACAGUUUGGUCCUCCCCAAGGUUUCGGCCUGUUAAAAGGAAGUUUUUCCUUGCCACUGUUAGUCAUGUUAGAUGAGAUGGGCCAAAUCCCAUUUUAGGUUGGGUCUUGAUAAUUCAUCAAACAACGAGCGUGGUCUAGACCUGCUCCUUUUCUUUGGAAAGUGUCUUGGGAUGACAGCUGUUGUGAAUCGGCACUAUAUAAAUUAAAUUUGAUCAAUUGAAUUUGAUUGAUUGAUAAAUAACCUUCAGUGCUGGAAAAUGAAGCCAGUGCAGAAGUGCAAACAGCUGCUGUCCCUCUAGUAUCCAUUGAGACUAACUCUUCGUUUUUUUCUUCUUCUUCUUCUUUUUUUAUGCACUGUGAUCUCAGGAUAACGACUUAUUAUCUUGUUAUCUCGGGAUAACAAAGGUCAUUUUCUUGUGAUAACAGAGAUGGCGUUUAAGCGGACCUAAAAUGGAAACUUUUAAAACACUGAUGGCAUGCUCCACUUUGUGUGCUUUCAACGUGGGAACAUUUAACCGCCAUGGGUAAUUUGGACAACAACAGUAACAAUGGCGGACACAUUAUUAAUUAAUGCCUUAUCACGAGAAAAUGAUAUUUGUAAUGUCGAGAUAAUGAGAUAAUAAGUCGUUAUCACGAGAUAACAGUACAUUUAAAAAAGGAAAAUCCACGUCUGUUCUCAUUUUCCAUCCAAGUGGCUCAUCUUCAUAGUGGAAAUGAAAAUGUUUAAAGCCUGUUGAAAGUUUUUGUCCCUAUUUGUGACAGCUAAAGAGCUUUUUAUUCCCUUCCCCCCCUUUUUUAUUAAUUAUUAGGCAGUCUCAUUGGAGCUGUUUACUCAAACUUUAGUCUUUUCCUUUUUUUUUGGAUUAGCCAAAUAAAGAGUCAGCUUUUCAAAUGUGACGACCAUCAACUUUGGGCUUCAUAACCACUCUUUAGAAACCAGGGACAUCACUGAGACUGUGUCCAUGUUUUAUACUGUCUAUGAUAGGACAUACUGAUACUCUGUUAGCUGAGCUUCACCACUGGAGUGAUGUUCAUACUAGGCUGAUCCAAUUUUUAAUUCUGGAAAGAUAUGCAUGUAGUUUUAGAAAGUUAGCUCCCAAAGACUGAACUAAAAUAGUUUCUCAUGGAAAAAUUCAAGCCUGCAUAAGUUGUGACGGAAUGAUCACAACUGCUGUUUGCACUUUUCAGUCGCUCUGAAUUUGUACUACUUAUGCAAAACAAACUUAUUCUCUUUUUUGUUUCUUUUAUCUAAUUUUUAUGUGACUCUUUUCUUCAGAAAGAGACCAAGGGGCUUGUUGAACCCCAGCAGAAAUCUGAUGUCAGCACCACCAGAGGAACUGAGACUCCAAGUGAGGAGGAGGAGGAGGAUGACGACGACAAGGAUGACGAGGAGGAGGACGAGGAUGAUAACGAGGAGGAGGAAGAAGAAGAUGCAUCCUCUGUACAAGGUUCUGCAGUAAAGCCUGGGUUCCUGACUCGACUGGCCAGGUUAGCAUACGUCGGCAUGUACACCUACCAUCAGUGCAAGCCAGAUCUACAGCAGUCAUUCUAG